GAUAUAGUGCCAGUGUCUAGUUAGUUAUUCCUUUUAUAGGAAGACGCGCUUUAGUUUAUUUUGGUCGAUGAUAAUGUUUAUAAACACCAUCUUUACCUUAUAUGGAAAAUUCGAUAGACACUGGAUUUGUAGCUGUGGUCUGAAACAAAACAAGAGACCCUAUAUAAGGCACGGGUGUGCAGCCGACAUACAGACACACGAGAGACAAGCCAACAGAAUUAGGACCGACCGUUCAUAAUAUAUCAGAGGCAUAUACAAGAGAAGACUUAAAAGAAAAAAAAUGUCUGUUUCUGAGGAAGAAAUCCCAGCUGUUGUUAUUGACAACGGAAGUGGAAUGUGUAAGGCGGGUUUUGCUGGGGAUGAUGCCCCACGUGCCGUUUUCCCCGCUGUUACGGGACGACCCCAUUAUGAUAUGAUCAUGCCUGGAUUGGGCGAUAAAGAUUGUUACAUUGGAGACGAGGCACAAAAUAAACGGGGAAUACUCACCUUGAAGUAUCCUAUAGAACACGGCAUCGUCACCAACUGGGACGACAUGGAGAAGAUCUGGCAUCACACCUUCUACAACGAGCUGCGUGUGGCUCCUGAAGACAACCCAGUGAUGUUGACAGAGGCGCCACUUAAUCCUAAAGUCAAUCGAGAAAAAAUGACACAGAUCAUGUUCGAGACGUUUAACACGCCCGCCUUCUACGUGGCGAUACAAGCUGUGCUGUCUCUGUACGCCUCCGGACGGACCACGGGCAUCGUGUUUGAUGCCGGGGAUGGAGUGUCACACGUGGUACCUAUCUACGAGGGCUACUCCCUCCCUCACGCCAUCAAACGUGUUGAUCUUGCAGGUCGUGACCUCACAGCCUACCUCCAGAGGAUCCUCCACGAGAGGGGAUACAAUUUCACAUCAUCAGCUGAAUUAGAAGUUGUACGUGACAUGAAGGAGAAAAUGUCCUACGUUGCUCUAGACUUCGAAACUGAAAUGGAAUCAUCAUCAAAAUCGUCAACAAUAGAGCGAUCUUAUGAACUUCCAGAUGGCCAGCUCGUUACUAUUGGAAACGAAAGGUUCCGGUGUCCAGAAACCCUAUUCCAACCAUCAUUCAUAGGAAUGGAAUCAGCAGGAAUUCAUGAACUUCUCCAUAAUUCUGUGAUGUCGUGUGAUAUUGACACCGCCUUCUACGUGGCGAUACAAGCUGUGCUGUCUCUGUACGCCUCUGGACGGACCACGGGCAUCGUGUUUGAUGCCGGGGAUGGAGUGUCACACGUGGUACCUAUCUACGAGGGCUACUCCCUCCCUCACGCCAUCAAACGUGUUGAUCUUGCAGGUCGUGACCUCACAGCCUACCUCCAGAGGAUCCUCCACGAGAGGGGAUACAAUUUCACAUCAUCAGCUGAAUUAGAAGUUGUACGUGACAUGAAGGAGAAAAUGUCCUACGUUGCUCUAGACUUCGAAACUGAAAUGGAAUCAUCAUCAAAAUCGUCAACAAUAGAGCGAUCUUAUGAACUUCCAGAUGGCCAGCUCGUUACUAUUGGAAACGAAAGGUUCCGGUGUCCAGAAACCCUAUUCCAACCAUCAUUCAUAGGAAUGGAAUCAGCAGGAAUUCAUGAACUUCUCCAUAAUUCUGUGAUGUCGUGUGAUAUUGACAUUCGACGUGACAUGUACAGCAAUGUUGUCCUAUCGGGUGGUUCUACAAUGUUUCCUGGUAUUGCUGACCGGUUUAAAAAGGAAAUGGAUGCUAUAGUGCCAAGCAACAUGAAGGUCAAGGUGAUCGCCGCACCAGAGAGGAAGUACUCCGUGUGGAUUGGUGGAUCUAUCCUAAGUUCCCUAUCCACAUUCCAACAGAUGUGGAUCUCAAAACAGGAAUAUGACGAAUGUGGACCAGGAAUUGUUCAUAGGAAGUGCUUUUGAUUUUUUUAUAUGUACUGUGUUAUAAAACGUUGCAUUGUAAUAUGGGCAUGUGUUUCAUCCAAUAUUCAUAUCUAUUCACUGUGAUCAGUGGACAUUGAUAACAUAUAGGUUACCGUUAUUGUGUUUCUAUUGUUAAUUAACAUGUAGGUUACCGUUAUUGUGUUUCUAUUGUUAAAUAGCAAUAAGCAUGUGAGUGUCAUCAUUGUGUUUACUUUUCUUUUUACAUAAUUUACAUAUGUGUAUGAUGUGUUUAUGUAGAUAACCUUGGUUAUAUCUUUGGUUCUUAUUAACAUUUAAUGUAUGUGUGUGAUGUAAUUUUGUAGCUAGCUAUUAUUUUUCUACUAUUAUUUAUUUACGUAGGUAAUCAUUAUUUUGUUUCU